AUGGGCCUGAAACUGCUGCUCGGUGCCAUUCGCCCAGCUAGCGUGGCUUUGGGCGACAUUCGAAUUGGGAGAAAUGUGAAAGCUGCUACGCGCUCAGCUCUCGAAACAUGCUCACGAUCUCAAGGACAGCGCAAACCGGGAGAUCGGGUCGUCGGAGUGAAAACCUACUACGAUCGUGAGGGCUUCUUGUCCCUUCCAUACCUGGUCUCCUACGAGAGCCCAAAUGAGCCUCCAAAUGCCGCGGAGACGGCGUCGAGUCUCGCCCGUCUGUUCCGAAAAAUAGCAAAGGGUGCUUGCGUCGCUUGCUCCUCGCUCGAACUCAAGCACAAUAAAGGAAUUCUUCGCUGCUGUCGGCGCUGCGCCGACAAAAUCGAGAGAUGGACAGGCGAGAAAAACCGAUGUCCCACGCAGUGCCCGGAUUCGGCCAAACUUGCGGAUCCCUCGGCUGAUCUUCUCGGGGGAUGCACGGAAUGUUUGGCCAGACGCCUACACAGUUUUGGUUUUGUGCUGCCGGCUCACAUUGCCGCCAUCCUCCACAUCUACCCAAAGAAGCGGCUGCUGGGAGGAGCCAUUUGUAAGCAUCAACGAUAUUCGUUAUUGCCGCUUUUU